GGCUAGCCUGCUGUUGUUGGCGUCUGAGCCUGCCGUGCGGUGGUCAACGGUCGGCCGGUGGCCAACGGCCGGCCGACUGCGUGAACCACGUAAAGUAACCACUUCCGUCAUUUUGAGACUAAGCACCUCUUUCUUUCUUGCUUACAUUAAGUCUAUUCACCCCAUAAUUCAAUAAAUAUAGUCCUCAGUGCUGUGUUUUUAACCAUAUAUAGUGCUGUGUGAAUAUGCAUUUAUCGCAAAUUGCCCGUCCACCUUUACAGGUAUUCGUUCUCAGCUCAUCAGAUGAAAUCAUUUGCAGACAGACGAGCUUUGUUGAACGGGUGUAAUCGUAAGAAAGGGCGUGAACCCCUUGGGGAUACGGUGGUCGAGUAAAUCUUCCAGACUGGUUGAGAAUAGAAUAUAUAUAUAUACACGACGUCAAACGAAUGAUGUGAAUUGAGCUUCGUGCUGAGUUUCUACAAUGAAUCUAGUCUUGUUGGAACCAUUGUUUUCUGCAGUUAAGUUCUGCAGUUCUGUAAGAAGUUACGUAACUAUAGUUUGGUAAAUGGACAUGAUAAUCUCAACUGGAACGACGAUAUUCAUUCGUUCUUCUUACCGUUGUCAAGAUGAAUUCAAUUAUCUAUUUCUUCAAAUCUUAUGUACUAGCAGACCGGUCUCGGUACGAUCCAGACAUAUAUUGGGCAAUGGAACCGUACAAAAAGGAUCUAUUCUGGCAUCUAAGGGAAAUUCGUCAUUCGAAAAGAUCAGUCAAUAAACCUUCUGCAGCGAUGCCUGACGUCGAUGUUCUUGAUCCAAGUUUGCUAACGCAAAAAUGCAGCCCCUCGGAACUCGAUGAACUGCGUAUCCUUGAAAUCUGUGUUAAUCCACUUCUCACAUCAAAUCAUAAGCACUUCCCAUAUUAUAGCCAAAAUACAAUCGUUUGCGAGGAUCGAUCGCUUCGACGAGUAAGUGGAAAAAGAAGUUAUAUGAGCAUAGGAAACCUCAACUCGCUCAGCAAGUUCUCCGACGGAUCUUUUGAUGCUGUUGUUGUAACUUUAAUGCUGUGCAGUUCGUGGGAUAUCGACUUUCAUAUUGGAGAUAUCCAUAGAGUUCUUGCUGAGGGCGGUCAUCUUUACUUCCUAGAGUAUGAGCCACAACUUCAAGAUGGGCUUUCUGAAGAUUGCAGCACCGUAUCAACUAUAUUACUUCGUCAGCUUACCUGGUUUCUAUCCUUGUUCAGUCCGUCAGCAGAAUCCCGUAGCGUUGUAGCCGCUUUACGGAGGAAUCGUUUUUUAAAAUGUGACGUUUUGCAAAGUUUAUACCUUCCUGACACGUACCCCGACCGUAAAUUCGUGCUUGGUUUUGCUAUAAAAUAGGAUAGUUUUAUUGAGCCUGGAGGGAACGGAAGUAACAAGCGGGUUAUGGUCGAUAGGGUACCCAUUUAGUGUGCACAGACGUCCUUAUGAGUAUGUAACCACGAUGGAUUUUGGAGUUAUAGUAGAAACACACAUCUGCUACUGCACGUAUCACUACAGCAAUGUUCGCCUGGGUAAUUCUAGGUUAUAUAAUAUUUUUGUUUAAAUAAAAUAAAUAAACACAAUAUGCGGGUACAAUAUAUUUGAAAAAAAAAAAAGGAAUGUCUUUCUCGUCCACUUCACGUUGCAUAUUUAAAUUAACUGCGUGAAAUAAAUAUUAUUAUCUUUAUUGUUAUGUUGAAGCUCCAGAGCAUGAUGGGACAGCUUAAUAAAAAUAUAAAAAGUUAGUUAAAUUAAGUUUGAAAAUAAACACAGCGUAAUCAUGUU